AUGGCUCCACGCCGUUUGCAGUUCACCCAAACAACGCUUCGCUUUCGGCCUUGGCAUCGCCCUUUUUGCAUUACCUUUUUUGUGCGAGCUUCCCAUUCUUACUCUCUUACCAUCAACGCCACUGACGCUCGAAAUCUCUCCAUAGACUUGAGCCUCACCCGCAGGUAUUUAGAAGCCCAGCACCCCUUCAAAAGGAUACCACUGAUUGUCAUGGCCGCGUCACCUUCUGCACCUCAAAUUUCCCAAGCUGAGAAGCCCGAAGUGAACCUCGAUUCCCUGGACAUUCAUCGCGGCGCAAUAGACCAGACGACCAUCACAACAGAACCGCCCACCAAGGUGAUGAAGCGCGUGAACGCACUCUUGCAGGAACUCGGGGUCCAAGUCCAAGAGGAGACGCCCUUCAGAUACCGCUGUAUCAGGGCGAAGAAAGUGGGAGCGCCGACCACGCAGGUAUCGAGCGAGGCAGCCUCUCAGUCGAUUAUUUCUGAGCCAAACAUCCCUACUCCAUCCCAGAGCGAUGCAAUCGCUUGCACACUGUACGGAUCCCUUCCAGAGGACCCUGCAGACGAGGUCCGGUUCACAGUGGAGUUGACGAGGCUCGCCGGCUUGAAUGAUACGUACAGCCUCGACGUUCGCCGGUUGAAGGGCAAUUUGAGAAGCUACAAGUUCGUCUAUGACACCAUUCGCGAACGUGCGGAGCUCAAUCGUGCAUGA